GAGCAGCGAUAGUUCAUACACAUUUUUCAGAGUCAAAUUCAAGCACUUUUUAAGCACUUUCAAGGUCCAUUUUCAAGCUUUUCCAACACAUUACCAAAAAAAAAGAAAAAAAAGAAUGCAUGCUUCACUUUGCAUCACCUCAGUAAGACCAUGUAAAAAUAAAACAAAUCAUCUCAGGUCGACCUAAAUGUCCUUUGUUCCCCUUUUGUUAAAACAGAGAAAAAUGCACCACACAAAAAUACUGAAAAAGGAAAUUGUUGCCUUAUAUGCAUAUAGUGUACAAACUCAAAACACACAUUUCUCUUAAAAAUUAAAAUGCCCAAAUGUAAACAAAUCAACUUGUUAGACAUAUUCAUCUCCACUUGAAAAAAACAACAACAACCCCACAAAACAAGAAAACUUCACCAAACACCACAAUAAUACACAGCAAGGCCAAAUUAAUAAAUCCUUUAUUUCCUGUGUGACACAAAAAUAGGAGACAGAUGUUUGUUUUUUUAACUAGUUAAAAACCCACGCCCAGAAAAAUGGGGGCUAAAUGGAGGAGAUCACGUUUAAACAGUUAUAUCACAAGGUCAGAAAUAUAAAGUGCCGACAUGAGUAGUGUCAGAGGUAAUAUCCAUAUUUUGAUAUAUGAUUUAAAUGUGAACCAAAGCAUAUUUUCAAAGGUGUAAUAUGCUAUAAAAUACUUCUAAAAAUUAGGUGAAGGAAAGAAAAAUGUGAUUUUUUUUUUUACAUGUUUGAGUCACAGUAACUUUGACAUAGUAACAUCUGCAGUAAUAUUCUGAUGACAUCUCACAAGUGUUAGUCUUGUAACAAAAUAAAGCUGUUUACACAGAGUUUGUAAUUGGAGAGAAAUACUCCAUUUAUUUUGGUCAUUUCAUUUUCAAGCAGGAAGCUCACCCUUUUUGUUAUACCCUUUAGAUGAAUAGAGUUUAAUUAAAUACAUACUCUUUAAAUAAUGUUCCCUUUUAUAAAAAGUAGGAUAACAAAAAGAUAAAACAUUUAUUAUAGCUCUAUUACGUAGGAAAAAACCUGUCUUGUUGUCUGUUAUAUAAUAUUAGGGAUGCUCGUGACAAUUAAUUUCUUGAUCGACUGGACUAACCAACUAGUCUAAACCUCAGAAACACUGAAAUUUAAGUUAAGUUUGAAAACUGUUUAAAAAAAAAAUACCCCAUUCCAAAAUGCCUUGUGACAAUCUCAUUGGCUAACGGAGCGAUGAUGUCACAAGGCAAUCUUAAGAAUCUUAAAUCCUUUGAAGUUUUUCCAUAAAUAGGGGUGAGACACAGCAAGUUUUAGUUCGUUUCUUCGCAGCAUUUGUGUUUGCAGCCUUCAAGCGUUGACCACAGAAACCUUUGGAAAGCUUUUCAGAGUCAUCGUAUACGAACUCCAACAUGUUUCCAAGAAAACACCAACCAAGUCAAAAAGAUUACGCCGCCUCUCCUUCCUGGCGUGGUCGGCCAGUUUCCCCAAAUGGCGUCUUAUCCUUCCAAAAAGCAUUACAGGACAGUAGGAAGGAAAACUACCAUCUCCAGAGAAAAAUUCAACAAAUUGAAGAGGAGAAACUUCAACUGGAAGAGAAGUGUAGACUAAUGGAAGCACAAAACAAAGUCCUGGAAGAAAGACAACAGCGCCAGCCCGACAUAAAACUUAUUAAUGAGGGCUGGGGAAUCAAAUUCGGACAAGCCCGAGAGCAGAUUGUGUACCUCAUUAAAGAAAAUAAGGAAAAGAGCGCGGAACUAAAAGAAAUGACCAACCAGUUUCAAGACAGGAAAGCGACGAUUGAUGAGAUACAAAGGGAUCUCCAAAACAUGGACCAAAGGAAUCAGCUGCUCCAAAGACAGUUCGAUAAAGCUGUGGAAAAAAAUAAAGAAAUCCUCCAACAGAAGGAAGAACAGGACAAAAAGCAAAGAGACAUGCAGCACGAACUCAAAGGGAUGCAGGAAAAAUACAGAAUGCUCAAAGUAAGCUUGGAUGAAACACUGCGCCAAAAUAAAGACCUCCUUCAAGAGAAAGAGCAACAGCAAGAAAGACUGAAAGAAGGAAAACAUAUUGUCCAGGACUUUGAGUCUAAAAAUGUAAAACUGCAAGAGUUUUGUAACGAACUAAAGGACAAAACAAGUGAGCUGGAAGGAGAAAAUGAAAAACUGGAGAAACGCUGCUCACAGAUGAAGAGAAGGAUCGAUCAAAUGGCGAGAAAUAACUCCGAGCUCAUUAAGGGGAUAUUGUUGGAAUUCAAUAACUUGAAGCGGGAAAACACUGAAAUGCAGGCACAAAAACAACAACAAGACAAAAUACACGAAGACCUGCAGCGCACACUCCAAGAAAUCCAGGGAAGAAAUGAGCAGUUACAAGACAUGCACAAAGAAGAAGAACAGAGAAAUGCAGAAAUGCACAAGGACAAGCUAAUACAGGAGGCAGCAUCCAAACAACUCAAAGACAAGCUGGAAGAAAAACAAGCAAGAUUAGAAGAGGUGGAACAAAGAUGCGAGAAACUUGAGAAGCAAAACGAAGAAACAAUCGAUGAGUUAAGAAAUCUCAUCCUGGAGAAAAAAGCGCUUGUGGAAAAGUCCAUGAAAAAGAAGACCAAAUGGUUCCGCUUGUUCCGGAGGAGGGACGCUACCGCUUCCUCACCUGUAGCAGCCUGAUCUUGCUCCACCUCUGUUCACCCCCCCCAACCAGUCCCGGCAGUUGACUGUCCCCUCCUGAGCCUGGUUCUGCCGGAGGUUUCUGCCCGUUAAAAGGCAGUUUUUCCUCCCCACUGUCGCCUAGUGCUUGCUCAGAGGGGGUUG